AUGUCCAAAUAUCUGUUGACAAAACUUUCUCAGUUUUUGGAAAGAAAUACCAAAGCAAUUAAUAUCUUGUUAAAUAAUUUAAUUGAACUUGGAGACGUUCAAGCGAUUGACGUUUUUGAUGAGGCCAAGAAACGCUUUCCCACUCAUUUCAAUAUUGUGACUCUCUCUAUCAUUACUAAGGGAUACUCGAUGUUUGUGGGUAGAACAAAAGACCCACAACUUCGAAUAAUGCUUUUCGAAAAGGGCAAACAACUGAUUAAUGUAUUAUCUGAAUUGAAGUUGAAACCAGAUGAAGCUUUUUUAAAAAGCUACUUUUACUUUUUACAUACAUGCAGUCCAUAUGUUGAUAUUAGUGAUAAUGAUGUCAAGGCAGUGAUUGCUAUUAUGAACGAAUGGAAUAUUGCAAUGAAUGAUCGCAUUGUGGUAUCGAUAAUGAUGGCUCUCUGUAGAAAUAGCAUUAGUUUGGACUACUUUAGGAAACAUUUAAAGACUGCAAAAACACUUAACACAGAGAUUUUAAAUUGGGCUCUUACCACUUGUUUCUAUUUAAAACGAAAAGCAGACUCUAUUGUACUCAUGAAAUAUUAUACAACUGAUAAGACCAGUAGCCGUUAUUUGGCUCCAUACUCAGUUCAAACUUUUAACAUUUAUUUCAAUAUUUGGAGGUCUUUAGUUCUUUCAGAUCAAGAAACUCCUGAUUAUCCUAUUCAAAAAAUAAUUGAUAACAUGAACAUAUGUUUUGAAAAGGGAACCAUUGAACCUACAGUUGAACUUCUCUCAAACCUUGGAUCGGUCAUGGUCAAAUUUAUGCAAGUCAAUAACGUCGACAGGGAGAGCAUGUUGAAAAAACUAACAACAAUCAUUUCAACAUAUUAUCCUAAAGAGUUAAUGGCGAGCAAUCCAAGAUUUAUUUCACUCUUCCUUUCGACAGUUAUAUCUGGAGGUAGUGUUGAUAUGAACGUACUCAACAAAACAAUCUCCUUACUUGAGAGCUAUGAUGAGAAUUUUUUAGAUGUUGUUCAUUACACGCAACUGUUACGAAUUAUUAACUUGAGUCCUGUCGACUCGAGAAUGAAAUUAAUGAAAAUUGUAUUAGACAAAAUGGCUCAACACAAGCAAUAUCCUAACUCAAUCACUCUACGUAUGAUUGCUGAGAUUGUUCUCAAGGAAGCACCUCAUAUGAAAACAUUGCUACAGUACAUUUUAUUGGUGAUGAAAACAAGAGCGGUCAUGGACAUUGAAGGCGUUGACAAGAAUGUUAGAGGAGCAGAUUCUCUUGCAUGGAUUGAACAAUUAUCGAAAUUAUUGAACGAUUUUUACGAACAAGACGUGACAUUUCCAAUCUCAGAAUUAUUAACACAACCAGAGAGUACGAGUGGUAGUGGUGAUAACACAAAUCAACAACAAGUGAAACCUUCUCAAGAACAAUCAAAGCAGCCACAACAACCACAACAGCAAAUCAUUCAUCCUCCCACAUCGUCACUUCUUCAAAAACAUUUUCAAUAUUCUUCUAAUCUAGAAUCCAUUCACACUCCAUUCCUUCACAACAACGUUGACAUUUAA